AUGCCGCGCAUCAUUGCGGAUGGCAGCCACGUCUGGGCAGCGGUCUUUGCGGUCGUCAUCACGGGAUUCCUCUACUUUCUCACGAAGCUGUAUGCAGCACGGGAGAAGAUAUGGAAGAUGCAGAGAGCGGACCUGCCAAUGCCUAAAUUUUCGUUCCUCGCGGGCCACUUUCUAGUGCUCGGCAAAGUCAUGCGACUGCUGCCGUCUGACUCCAUCAUCCACAACAUCAUGUGGUACAUCUCAAAAGACUAUCCGAAGGGCAUCUUUUACAUCAGUCUCUGGCCGUUCAGCGGAACUGUCAUGGUCAUAUCCGAUGCAGAUGCCGCGGCUCAGCUUGAAAGCCUGCCCCUCGCCAAGGGCACUGACAUCAUCAACCCCCUCGAGCAAAUUACCGGCGGCCGAAGUCUAUUGACGAUGGAUGGAGAUGAGUGGAAGCGGUGGCGGCGGUUGUUUAACCCAGGCUUCAGUCCAGGGUAUAUGAUGGGCUUGGCUCCCGCCAUCGCAGACGAGGUUGCCGUAUUUCGGCAGAAAUUGUUUGAUCGGUGCUCCGAGGGCUUGAGCGAGGUUUUCCAGCUAGAGGACUUGACUCUGAGGAUGACAUUUGAUGUCAUUGGCUCUGUAGUAUUGGACUCCCGCCUACGCCAUCAACUGAUAGACCACCCGCUAGCCACAUCUCUGCGCAAGCAAAUUAUGUGGACCUCCUUCACAGAACCUUUGCAUCCGUUGACAAAGCUAUUCACAAUACGACCGUUUGUGUUGUGGUACAACGGCAAGCAGGUUGACCGAUACAUACAUGCCGAGUUGGAUGACCAUCUUUCGAAGCGCUCGGCCCAGUCUCAGACUGGUUCGAUGAGGUCAAAGUCUAUAGCGUCACUGUUUAUAGAUGAGUACCUCAAGGAUGUGGGCGAGAAGAAUAUCAACAGCACAAACGAGACUCUCAAAAAGAUCAUCACUCCGCAAGUGCGUCUCUUCCUUCUCGCUGGACACGACACCACCAGCAGCACCCUUCUGUACUCCUACUACCUCCUCGCCAAGAACCCAGAAGUCCUGUCACGAGUCAUAGCCGAGCACAAUGAGAUUUUCGGUUCCAGGCCAUCACAGUCCAAGGACAAGAUCCAGGCAGAUCCUCAACUCCUUAACCAACUUCCAUACACCAUGGCCUUCAUCAAAGAGGUACUGCGGAUACUACCGCCAGCAGGUGCCCUGCGACAGGGACGCCCCGACCUGAACAUCGUCGACGAAGACGGCAAACUGCAUCCGACCGAAGGCUGCAACGUCUGGACUCUUCCGCUCGCCAUCCAUCACAACCCAAAGUACUGGAAGGACCCCGAACUCUGUAUGCCCGAACGUUGGCUCGUUGGACCCGAAGAUCCUUUGCAUCCCCCCAAAGCAGCCUGGCGGCCGUUCGAGUGGGGGCCGCGAAACUGCAUCGGGCAGACAUUGGCGUUACUCGAGUUGCGGGUUGCGUUGGUAAUGACUGUGCGGGAGUUCAGCAUCACGCCUGCGUAUGGUGAGUGGGAUCAGAUGUAUCCUAAGCGUGGAGUGAGGACGAUCAAUGGCGACAGGAUGUACCAAGCCGUCAAGGGUGGAGGGGGUGGGCAUCCGGCUGAUGAGUUUCCUGUGAGAGUCGAGCUGCGAAAGCGAUAG